AUGGUCAAUAACCUCACCAAUUUGACUGGGGUUAUUCAAAAUUCUCUUGAUAACCAGCUGAUGGAUCCUUCUGUUUCACAGAGGGUUGAAGAGCAGUAUGUGUCUAGUUCACUGUUUACAGGAGGGUACAACAGUGCAACUCUUGCUCAUUUGAUGGAUAAGGUGAUAGACUUGGAAGCCAACCAUCCUCAGAUGGCUGGUGCCAAAGGGUCCUAUUGUGCAAUACCAGGAUGUGGUGGAAAGGUCAUGUCUGAUGAGAGGGGUGAAGAUAUUCUUCCCUGCAGAUGUGAUCUUAAGAUCUGCCAGGAUUGCUACGCGGAAGCUGUGAAAACUGAUGGGAUUUGUCCCGGUUGUAAAGAGCAAUACAAGAACAGUGAUCAGAAUUUUGUAGACCAGGACAGACAGCCUUUAUCUUUAGCAUCCAAUGGUGGGCAGUCUAGGAUGGAGAGAGGGUUGUCGUUGGUGAAGCUAAGCCGAGGUUUGAUGAGGAAUCAUACGGGGGACUUUGAUAAUACCAGAUGGUUGUUUGAGGCAAAGGGGAGUUAUGGUUAUGGUGAUGCUGUACAGCCAAAGGAAGAAGGAUUAGGAGAUCAUGAUAAAGAUGAUGGUGAGUAUUCUGAACUUCUUAACAAGGAAUGGAGGCCACUUACACACAAAUUGAAGAUACCUGCCAUAGUUCUCACCCCAUACCGCCUCCUGAUUUUCGUUCGCAUUGCUAUACUUGGACUACUUCUUGAAUGGAGACUGAGUCACCCCAAUAAUGAUGCAAUUUGGCUUUGGUUUAUGUCCAUUGUUUGUGAGAUUUGGUUUUCAUUCUCAUGGCUGCUUGAUCAACUUCCAAAGUUCUGCCCAGUCAAUCGCGCCACUGAUCUUGCUGUUCUGAAAGAAAAGUUUGAAGCACUUACUCCUGCCAACCCCUCUGGGAAAUCUGAUCUUCCAGCUAUAGAUAUCUUUGUUUCUACUGCAGAUCCAGAAAAAGAACCACCACUUGUUACUGCAAACACCAUUUUGUCCAUUCUUGGAGCUGACUAUCCGGUUGAGAAGCUUUCGUGCUAUGUUUCAGACGAUGGAGGAGCUCUUCUGACAUUUGAAGCCAUGGCAGAAGCUGCAAGUUUUGCCAACAUAUGGGUGCCAUUCUGUCGGAAACAUGAUAUAGAGCCUAGAAAUCCUGAAUCUUACUUUAGCUUGAAGAAAGAUCCUUACAAGAACAAGGUACGCCAGGAUUUUGUCAAGGACAGAAGACGGGUAAAGCGUGAAUAUGAUGAGUUCAAGGUCAGAAUCAAUAGCCUUCCUGACUCUAUACGCAGGCGCUCUGAUGCCUGUAAUGCCCGGGAGGAAAUUAAGGCUUUGAAGCUUCAGAGAGAGGUAGCUGGUGAUGAAGUUUUACAGCCUAUCAAGGUCACUAAAGCUACAUGGAUGGCAGAUGGAACCCACUGGCCAGGAACUUGGAAUGUUGCAGCUCCUGAGCACUCCAGAGGUGAACAUGCAGGAAUCAUACAGGUGAUGUUGAAGCCACCGAGUGAUGAGCCACUGUAUGGGAAUAUUGCAGAAGGCAAUCCUACAGAUUUCACAGAAGUUGAUAUUCGGCUUCCCAUGCUGGUCUACGUUUCACGUGAGAAGAGGCCUGGCUAUGAUCACAACAAGAAGGCCGGAGCAAUGAAUGCACUAGUGAGAGCUUCAGCAGUCAUGUCAAAUGGACCAUUUAUUCUCAACCUUGAUUGCGAUCACUACAUUUACAACUCGCAGGCAAUAAGAGAAGGCAUGUGUUUCAUGAUGGAUCGCGGGGGUGACUGCAUUUCUUAUGUCCAGUUCCCACAGAGGUUCGAGGGAAUUGAUCCUUCUGAUCGCUAUGCCAACCACAACACAGUUUUCUUUGAUGCGAACAUGCGCGCCUUGGAUGGCCUGCAAGGUCCAGUUUAUGUGGGCACUGGAUGUCUCUUCCGAAGGACUGCUCUUUAUGGCUUUGAUCCUCCAAGACAGGACGACUACCACCCAGGUUCCUGCAGCUGUUGCUUUGCUCGUCGCAAGAACCAUGCUGGUGCUGCUGCUUCUGCACCUGAGGAAAACCGAGUUCUCAAGAUGGCAAAGUUCACCAAUGAGGAAACAUACCUUGCUUCUUUUCGCAAAAGGUUUGGAAACUCUAGGUUACUCAUUGAUUCUAUCCCAGUAGCUGAGUUUCAAGGCAGGCCGCUUGCUGAUCACCCUGAUGUAAAGCAUGGACGACCACACGGCGCUCUAACCAUCCCCAGAGAGCUUCUUGGCGCCUCGACUGUUGCAGAAGCAAUCAGUGUCAUCUCAUGUUGGUAUGAAGACAAAACUGAAUGGGGCAACCAAGUUGGAUGGAUAUAUGGAUCUGUGACAGAAGAUGUGUUGACUGGGUACAGGAUGCACAACAGAGGUUGGAAAUCCAUAUACUGUGUGACAAAGAGAGACGCUUUUCGUGGCACAGCACCAAUCAAUUUGACAGACAGGCUUCACCAAGUCCUCAGAUGGGCAACCGGUUCUGUUGAGAUCUUCUUCUCUCGUAACAAUGCUUUCCUGGCUAGUCCCAAGAUGAAUUUCCUGCAGCGAAUCGCCUACCUCAACGUUGGCAUAUACCCUUUCACUUCCAUAUUCCUCAUUGUUUACUGUUUUCUCCCAGCACUCUCAUUGCUCUCAGGAGAGUUCAUCAUCCAAACCCUCGACAUUACUUUCCUCACUUACCUCCUAGCCAUCACACUCACUCUCUGCAUGCUGGCGGUGCUUGAGAUCAAGUGGUCUGGCAUCAAUCUGGAAGAAUGGUGGCGGAAUGAGCAGUUCUGGUUGAUUGGGGGCACAAGUGCCCAUCUUGCUGCUGUACUUCAGGGACUACUGAAAGUGAUUGCAGGGAUAGAGAUCUCAUUUACACUGACCUCAAAGUCUGCUGGUGAUGAUAAUGACGACGAAUUUGCUGACCUGUAUAUCCUCAAAUGGAGUUCACUGAUGAUUCCACCCGCCACGAUCAUCAUGACAAACUUGAUUGCAGUAGCAAUUGGGGUUAGCCGGACAGUAUACAGCCCUGAACCACAGUGGAGCCAUUUGAUAGGCGGAUUGUUCUUCAGCUUUUGGGUGUUAGCUCAUCUCUACCCUUUUGCCAAAGGACUGAUGGGCAGACGAGGUAAGACUCCAACUAUAGUAUUCGUUUGGUCUGGACUCAUGGCCAUUAUCAUCUCCCUCCUCUGUGUCACAAUCCAGCCCCCAGCAGGAAGUGAUCAAACUGGAGGUUUGUUCCAGCUCCCUUGA